CUUUUCGAGGUGGCUCGGCCGUCCCCGCUCCUCUCUCUUGCGGUCUCCAAACCCUAGCUAGGGUUUCGGUCGAUAUAGAUUUCUCCACUCUUAUCUUCCUCUCUCGAUCUGUCCUUCGUCUGAUAGUCACCACCCGCUCGGUGAUCCGGAUCGUCUGGUGGUCGCAAUGGAAGCCGCUCGCAAGAGAGGGAGGCCGGAGGUGGCUAAUGGGGGCGGCGCUGGCUCGAAGCGGCUCAGAGAAACGGACUCUUUCCAAUCUGGUAUAGGAAGCAAAUCGAAGCCAUGCACCAAGUUUUUCAGCACUGCUGGUUGCCCAUUUGGAGAGGGUUGUCAUUUUCUCCACUAUGUUCCUGGUGGCCUUCAGGCUGUUGCACAGAUGACCAACUUAGGGAAUCCAGCACUUGGACCUCCAUCGAGGAAUCCAGUGGCUCAUCCUGCCAUUCAUGAUGGUGCUCCUGUACCCCCCGUGAAGACCCGUAUAUGCAACAAGUACAACACAGCUGAAGGCUGCAAAUUUGGAGAGAAAUGUCAUUUUGCUCAUGGCGAGCGGGAGCUCGGCAAGCCCAUCUUAUCUUCUUUGGAUGGUCCAAUGGCACCGUCAAUGGGGGGACGACUAGGAGGCCGAUUUGAGCUGCCUCCCCCUGCAGGUGUGGAUGCAGCUGCUGCUAGCUUUGGAGCCUCUGCCACCGCAAAGAUUAGUGUGGAUGCAUCCCUUGCAGGCGCUAUAAUUGGUAAAGGUGGGGUUAACACGAAACAGAUUUGCCGAAUGACUGGUGCAAAGCUGUCCAUCCGAGAUCACGAGUCAGACCCGAAUCUGAGGAACAUUGAACUGGAGGGAUCUUUUGACCAGAUCAAGCAGGCUAGUGCAAUGGUUAGAGAACUAAUUGUUAAUAUUAGUUCCAGCACUGGAAUAGCAGCCAGGAAUCCAGCUCCUGCAGCAUCGGCUGGCCCUGGAAGCAACUAUAAAACCAAGUUGUGUGAGAACUUUGGCAAAGGAGCAUGCACUUUUGGUGAUCGUUGCCACUUCGCUCAUGGGGCAAGUGAGCUUCGCAAGUCUGCUGCAUGAAGAAAUUGUACCUUCUUUCCUUGCCAUCAUGCCUUCUUUUUAUCUUAUCAUCCAUCUUAUGGAGUCUCUCAUAAAUUUAGAGACAUUUCUCAUAUUUUGAGUUGUAUUUAUGCAGUUAAUGACACUUUUUUUUCUUACA